AUGUCUAACCCGCCUCCUGUACGAGGUAAACCCUCUCUGAUAGCAGCAGCUCAAGCGCAGCCCGCUACUAUUCAACCAACUUCAGGUACAUCGGUAUCGGUACCGCCAAAUCUAGCUUCAGUUCCAAUGUCAGUCGUUUCGUCGGAAGGAUCAAAUUCUGUUUCGGCUAGAUCGACACCGGCUCCUUCUGUAACAAGAGCAGAAAGUAGUGCUCCACCAGGAGGUGUACAAAGGAUGAAAUUUAAACCUAAAGUACCUAUAAGAAGGAUGAAACAAGAAGUAGACGUCAAACCUGAUAUCACAUCGGCACCUGCUCCGUCUGUUUCUGCAAGAGGAGGUUUACGAGGUAGAGGAAGAGGUGCGGCUGGUAGAGGUAGAGGAAGGGGUGCAGCACCUACCACUUCAAUCGCUGCGGGUGUCUUUGGUGGUCCAAGACCUGUUCAGUCUGCCUCAUCAUCACGUAGAUUCGCAGCUGCUCCAGCACCUGCACCUCGGAUAUUCGACGAACAAGAUGCAGAGGUCUAUUCAGAUCAUUCAGAUCAUGAAGGAACAAUGGGUAGACCGAUAGAUAUCGAUUUAGUCUCUACAAUGUCAGAAUCCGCUCCUACUUCUCUAUACCGAGAUAGAAGAUUGAACGAUAAGAAAGCUAAAGAAAAUAUCAAGAAAGAUAAAGGUAAAAACAAGAAGAAAGAUAAAUCCAAUUCCAAUUCCAAUUCCAUUUCCAAUUCAAUGGAUAUAGAUAGUAACACAACGAAUGACAUCAAUAGCGCGGUUGGAUAUGGUGUCAAAGCAGAACCUAUCUCACCUGAAAAACAAUCAAGAGAAUUAGAAAGACAAGAUGAUGUAAUGUUGAGUGAUGAUGAAAUGCAAGAUCGCGAUAACUUAGGUAGAAGAGUGAGAAAUUUCGCUCAAACUGGUGGUAUGGAAGAUCCACGUGAUCAACAUGAUAUGGAUAGAGAUGAAGAUUCUGAGAAUGACGAUGAUGUCAAUGAGGCUCAAAAAGUUGAUUUGAGUGAAAGUGAGGAAGAAGAAGAAGAGGAAGAUAUGCAAGGUGAUUUCGUUCAAGCUGAUGGGAUGGACAAUCCUGAAGAGAAAUUAUUCAUAUUCCAAUUCCCACAUUUAUUCCCUAAAUUCCUUCCUUCAGAUCCUGUCGAUCUCACUCAACCUUCCACCUCGAAUGGAGAUCUGAAACCUGUUACUUCCGCAGCUGCCCCAUCAGCAUCAGCAAAUGGAUCAGCGACCAAAGAUAUCAAACCUGAUGUAAAACCAGAUAUAAAACCUAAUGUUGGUCAAUUACGCGGUGGAGUAAAGAAACCAAUAGAACACCAACCUGAAGGCAGAAUAGGUACGAUGGUAGUCAUGAAAAGUGGUAAGGUCAAGAUUGUAAUGGGGAAAGAUAUAGUGAUGAACGUGACACCAGGUUUACCUACAACGUUUAUCCAACAUUUAGUUCAUCUCGAUCAAAAAACCAAAUCAGCUCAAGUAUUAGGUGAAGUACACAAGAACUAUAUAGUUACACCUGAUGUAGAUCGAUUACUUCAGGAGUUGUACAUAAAUGGAGGUCAGACCCCUGGUGAAGUUGACGCGGACAGACGAAGGAAAUUGGCCAGGGAAAGAGGUUUGAUGACUAUGAAGAGAGAGAUUUGA